UGAGCCACCAUUCCUGGCCUGCUCGGUUUUUAAGAGAAAACUUAAUCUUGUCCUCUGGCCAUAUGGGUACAAACCACGCAUUCUAAUUUUUGAUUAGAAAUUAUAGCUACUACGUUCACUUAUUGCAUCAGAUUGUUAAAAUAUACACAGAUGGCUGGUCCUACACAAUGAGCAGAUGCUUUGUACAUGGAGCUCACGUUUAGCCUCACGUCUGAUCACGGCUUCCAUCCACCGGGACGGGCAGAUUCUUUCCGGGGGCCUCCCCUGGCUGUCUCGCACUGUGAACGCCACCCCUGCCUCCCGCCCACACCGCUGCGACCCGGCUCACAGAAACCCACACUCUCCUUCCAGCCCAGCGAGCUCAGGGCGCCGGACGGCCACACUGCCCACGCUGCCAGAGUUCACCCAAGACUUUGGAGGAAAUGUUCGUUCUUAAAUUUGUGUCAGUAAGCCAGGCAGCUUUCCGGCUUCCCUAGAAGUAGUGGUCCUGUGGAUCGUGGGCUUCGUUCUUUACCUCCUUCAAUAAAAAGGAGCAGUGGAAAGGCCAGCCGGGCUGCAGCGGGCGCCUGACUGCACCAAGUGGCUGCCGACUGGCUGAUUUGCAGGAGAUUAAACCCAAUUCCAGAUGAAGGGGUCUCCUGUCUCUGCUCGCGUCUGUCACGUGUGCAGGAGGCGGCACGUGAGGGACUCACUGCGGACGUGCUGCUGUGCGUCCACGCGGGGAUCGCUGCCUCUACUGACGAGGUGUUUCCUGGUUACGCGGUGAAGGGGCAGCUUCAGACGUUUCAUUCUCAUGGCAGCUCUGGCGGCUAACACGGGCUCCCUUACCUGGGCCGGCUCCUCGGUUCCCGAGAGGAGGCCUCUGCCGGCCAAUCAGACCCCUCGGUUCCCCGAGGGGAGGCCUCUGCCGGCCAAUCGGACCCCUCGGUUCCCCGAGGGGAGGCCUCUGCCGGCCAAUCGGACCCCUCGGUUCCCCGAGGGGAGGCCUCUGCCGGCCAAUCGGACCCCUCGGUUCCCCGAGGGGAGGCCUCUGCCGGCCAAUCGGACCCCUCGGUUCCCCGAGGGGAGGCCUCUGCCGGCCAAUCAAUCAGACCCCUCAGUUCCCCGAGGGGAGGCCUCUGUCGGCCAAUCGGACCCCUCGGUUCCCCGAGGGGAGGCCUCUGCCGGCCAAUCGGACCCCUCGGUUCCCCGAGGGGAGGCCUCUGCCGGCCAAUCAGACCCCUCGGUUCCCCGAGGGGAGGCCUCUGCCGGCCAAUCGGACCCCUCGGUUCCCCGAGGGGAGGCCUCUGCCGGCCAAUCAGACCCCUCGGUUUCCGAGAGGCGGCCUCCGUUGCUGCGUGGCUGUGAGUUAUGCAAGUCACCGAAGCAAACCAUCCCGCGCGGCCGGGCGAGGGGCGGACGGCAGCCCCGGAGCUGAGGAUGACUUCCCAGCGCGGGCUCCUCGCGCGUUCCCAGAGCCUGGUGUGCGGUGCCAGAGCCACGUGGGUGGCUGGAUGGCUGGAGCCUGGUUCCCGUCACACGGACCAGGAAUGCGGCAUUUCCGUGCGAUCUGAAAACAGCCGUUUGACGGAAAGCCGUUUCCUGUAGAAAGGCUGACGCGGCGGCUUCGGGAGGCCUCUGACCGUGUGGUGAGUUACGCAGUGAGAACUUGUGAAAACGAUGGGCACGGUGGCUCCCGCCUGUAAUC